AUGGCACAGCAGGAAGCUAGCCCUUCCCCUGGUGCUGAGGUUGUUGGUCGUGCCUUUGUGGAGCAAUAUUAUCACAUACUUCACCAAUCUCCCGGUUUAGUUCAUCGGUUUUAUCAGGAUUCGAGCUUGUUAACCCGACCUGAUGCUACCGGUGCUGUGACUACGGUCACAACUAUGCAAGCGAUCAACGAUAAGAUUCUGUCAUUGAAAUACGAAGAGUACACGGCCGAGAUAGAAACUGCAGAUGCUCAGGAGUCUCACGAGAGAGGCGUUAUCGUACUGGUGACCGGACGCUUAACCGGUAGCGACAAUGUGAGGAAGAAGUUCAGUCAAACUUUUUUCUUGGCACCACAAGACAAGGGAUACUUUGUCUUAAACGACGUGUUUCGAUUCCUCGAGGAGAAAGAGGUGGCGACACAAGCCCGGUCUGUCCCCAUCAAUGGAACCACCAGGGAUGUUCAGGCUCCCAUUGAACCAGAACGUGUUAUCGUGAGUCACGAGGCCGAGAUAGAACCUGAGCCAGUUGCGUCUAUUGAGGAGGAAGAUCUUGACAAUGUGGCGGAGGUGUAUGAUCCUUCUGAUAAAGACGACGGAGUUGUUGUCGACGUUGAGCCUAUCGAACCUCCAACUCAAUUAAGUCACAACGAAGUUUCAUCAGUGUCUCAAGGAGAUGCUCCUAAGCAUUCAUAUGCUUCAGUCCUCAAACUGAUGAAAAGCAGUCCAGCACCAACACACGUUGUUCGGAACAAUCGAAGAGCAACUCCGGUCAGUACCAACCAGAAGCCAACUCCUCCUGCUGAGCUUGUAGCAGCACCCGAUGCUGUAGGUCUCGAGAAUGUUACAAACAGUAACAAUGUUGAUGUGGAAGAUGAUGGUCACUCGAUUUAUGUUCGAAAUUUACCUUUCGACUCGACGCCAACACAACUUGAAGACGUGUUCAAGACCUUUGGUGCUAUCAAGCAUGAGGGGAUUCAAGUCCGAAGCAAUAAGCAGCAAGGUUUCUGUUUUGGUUUUGUGGAAUUCGAAACAUCUAGCGGAAAGCAGAGCGCGCUCGAGGCCUCACCGAUUACAAUUGGUGAUCGUCAAGCUGUUAUAGAGGAGAAGAAAACAAACAGUCGAGGGGGCAACAAUGGAGGAGGUAGUAGGGGAAGGUACUUUCCCGGAAGAGGAAGCUUCCGAAACGAAAGUUUCAAAGGAGGACGUGGUGGAGGUGGACGAGGAGGCUAUGGAAGAGGAGGAGGUGGUGGUGAGUUCUCUGGUAGACCAAAGAGCUCAAACCCACGGAAUGGAGGAGAAGGUUACCAAAGAGUUCCUCAAAACGGAGGCAGUGGAAGAGGAGGCGGAGGAGGACGUGGUGGGCCUCGCGGUGGUAGUUCAUCUUGA